AUGGCCAAAUUUGAAAAUGACUUGUUUUUUUUUGUUUUGUUUUGUGAUGGCCGGGAAAAAAUUGUGGAAGAUAACUCUCUGGAAUUUGGGGACAUCUUUAUGUUCCAAUAUGAUGGUGACAAUUUAUUUGACGUAAAACUGUUAGGGUUGUCAGGUUGUGAUAAGGAGGGUUCUCAACAUUUUAAUAUGAGGGUUGAGAAUGAGAAUGGAGCAGAUGGUGAAGCACAAGUGGAGCAAGUGGCUCAUGUUCAGGCUUGGCUAUCCGGCCAAGAAAUCCUUACUUUGUCACCAAAAGCAGGACAUAUUGGCAGAAUGAUUUUUAUAUCCCCUAGAAGACAAUAA